UUGAAUUCAGCCACUUGGUAACACUGCGCAGCAACAAAAACAAAGAACUUCAAACUAAACCGCCAUAUUCUACUUCAUUUCUGUGCUAAAAUAUGGACCGUACCAUAAUUGCGCCGUGGAAAGCCGAAGAGAAGGAGCAGAGCGAGAAGCUGCACAGGAAGCUGCAGGGACUGGCCCUGGUGCACCCCUUGCCGGACGAGCUGCGCAAGCUGAUUGCCUGGGACAUGUUCCUCAAGCCCAACCAGGUGGCCUUCGUGCAUGUGAUGCACUACCUCUUCCGCCUGCUGGAUCCGGCGGAGUUCAAGCGCCGCUUCUUCUGGCCCAUCACCGACAAGAAGUCGGAGGCGAACUUUCGCUCCAGCACGGUGGAGUAUCUGAAGCAUCUGAACGAGAAGCAUCACCUGCAUUGGGCCAACAUCAAGUCGUAUCUGGUGGUGAUGCCCGGAGGCAUGAGAUUUAUCAACUUCCUGCUUGAGUUCGUGGGCUUUGUGAUCCAGGAGCUCAUCAAGCAGCGCGAGAAGUCACUCAGCUUGGAGGCGGGAACACCAAACGUAAGCGCCAAGGUCAUGGCCCGCCAAAAUGCGGUGAUGAAGGAGUACGCCUCGUCGUAUGUGGUCAAUCUGGAGGAGAAUACGGCCCUGUUGCGCGACAAGACCCAGAAGAUCAGACGCCUGAUGGCCGAUCUGUCUGCAGACAUGGGAGUGCCCGAAGAGCAACUGGCGGAUGAUGGCUUUCUGGAUGAGUUCGAAGCCACCGCUGCACUUGGCGUGGAGCGGGUCAUUACCCAACCCACCGAAAGGAAAUUGGACCUGGAGGCAUCUCUGUGUGGUCUCAAGGAGGCAAUCGAUCUUUUCCAGCUGAAGCAAGCCGAGAACAACCAUAGCAAGGAGGCGGUGGAGAAGGCACUGCGAGGCAUGCGAGUGCUGUUCGACUGUGAUGCAGUCACAGAAGGAGAUUUCUACGAUCCUUUGGGCGCAUCUAAAGUGGAGGCGCUCUUGAACGGCUUCAAUCGGAUCAGCGGCACAAUUGCCGAGCAACUGGAUGCUAAUGACCACUACAACGAAUCGAAUGCGUUCGUCACCACGGAUUUGCAGGCUCUUCGAGUGGAACUUUCACAGUCCGAAAUCCAAUUGAACAAUUUACUAAAGAAACUGAACGAUCCGUCCAAAAAGGACAAGGGAAGUGCCAAUGCAAGUGGCUCCGCCAAGGUACAGACGCUUCAGCCGGCCACGCCUCGCUUCGAAUCGGUUAUCAGCUCCAAAUUUGUUUCUACGCCUCCCAUCAGAAUCGACAUGGGCGGCGGUGGCGGUCGCAAUGCACCUGUGCGUCUUGCACUCCAGGACGACUUCAAUGGCAAACAGUUCGAUGCCUUAAGCAACAGCUUACUCGCACCUGCGCCGCCUCGAUCAGCACGCAAGCUAAAAGCCCUUGACCAGUCGACCGGCAUUGAUCUUAAUGGCACGUUGAACCGAUCCAAGAUCAACGAUCCCAUGCAAAUGCUGCGCACCAUUCACAAGAACACCUCCAAGGUCAAGGCAGCUCCGCAGGCGAAUCUCUCCUCCCUGGGCAGCAAGUGGAAGCAAAUGCAAGCCUCCUUCGGAUUCGAUGAGGCGCCGCUGCCAGGAGCAGCAGUGAUCUCUCCUCAGGCCUCACCAACGGAACCCAGCGAUCCCUUUACACCCUUGAAUAGUAGCGAGUGCACCCGAAUUGAGCGCAUUCCGCGCACUUCGGAAAACAACACCUCACUGAUCGCCAAAAGCGCUGCGGUUAUAAAAGUCCUAGAGGUAUCUCGGAAUGUCCUCAAUCUCAGCACCUCGCCAUCUGGACGCCUGGAUGCACUUGUGCCGCACACCGACAGCUACCAGCAAGACGUCGCGCCACGUCUUCAGCUCAACGACAGAACAAUUAACGACUCACUGCAGCUUGAUCCCGAUUUCAACAAUGAAAACGAUAAGAAUGCAUUCAAUGUCUCGCAUAAAUUCGAUUUUGAUCAGAUUGGCAGUGAGGAUGACCUGCAGAACAUCAGCGAUAGCGUGCUCAAGGAUAUUAUCUUUUAGUCCACGGUAAUCUCGAAUGGCCAAUAUUGUUGAGGUAAUAGAUUUUGUAUUCAUUUUCUAAUUGUUUAUGAGCUUUGUGAACGAGUUUCUAGACUUAAGGCAGAUUAUUACUGAAAUAAACAACCUUUGAGGCAGUA